GCGCCCCUUUCUUGCAACACCCUGCACCGGGCGGCACCGGGCUCGAUGGCCAGCCCCCGCCUGCCGCUCCUACUUUCCCUCCUGCUCAUAUCCCCAUCAUGGCGGCCUGUGGCCUGGCUACUGCGCAGCACCUCCCUUUUGCCUAGCGAGCUUCCGUCCGGCAGCUUCGCCAGCAGCAUCAGCACGGGCAGCAGCAUUUCCAGGGGCGCACGGACCACUUCUGUCGGUCUACAUCUUGCUUCGGCCACGCCGCGUACUUACAGGAUUGAGCACCCCGCCAUGCGGGGCUGGGAAGAACCCUCGUUGCCCUCCUGGGACGAUGUCAUCAAAGGGGAAAAGCGAAAGGUAGUGUGCGUGUCGGGGGUCCCACCACUGUACAAAGGGAAAGAUCACAAGGGAUGGCCUUGCGGGGGGCGUGUGAUGGGGAUGUACAACCCCGGGGGGAGCAGCAUAGCCCGCAACGGCACCGUGUUGGCGGGUCACGUGGGGGGACUGUAUGACCAUAUCAUGGUGGAUCACCUGAAAUCAGUGUGUGACAGCGGCGCCGGUGGAGGUGGAGGCAAGCCCUGCAAGCGCAAGGUGUGCGCCCUUGCUCGGGGGGAGUGGUGCAAGGAGUACUACAACCAGGGUCCCAUACCCUGGCGUCCACCUCCCCGGGGCGAUAAGGACUGCCCCGCCACCAAGUACGGCGCCUGCAACGGAGUGGGUAGCUGCCAGUACGACUUAGGUGUCUGCUUAUGUCCCGCGGGCUGGAAGGGCCCCGAUUGCGGCCUCCGAGACCCCCGGCCUUGCACCCACCGCUACCGCCAACAGCCUUUGGACGGAAACAACACCACACCUAUCAGUCAUUCCGGUCCUGAUGGUCGGGAUUUGAACUGGCUGGAGGAGGGCUGGACGGCAUCUAGAUGUGCGGGCUACUGCGAUGAGGACCUGGCCAUGUGCUACUGCCCCCCGGGUACCAAGUACGGCAGAACCCUCGCACCCCCCGACGCCCCGCCGGGCACCCCGCCGCUGCAGGCCGGUCGACCCAUGGGCGACUCGUGCAAACCCGGCAGGGACCCCGCCACCGGCAAGAGGUUGGACUGGGGCCGUCUGGAGCCCGACGACCUGUUCGGACCCGACGGAUGGUGUAACUCGGAAAACCCUCGUACCCACUGGCUCACACACCCACACGGUGGUCUUCCCGUCUGCCACCCACUUGUAUACCACCCACUUGUAUACCACCCACUUGUAUACCACCCACUUGUAUACCACCCACUUGUAUACCACCCACUUGUAUACCACCCACUUGUAUACCAUACCACCCACUUGUCUGUCUGCACACCGCUGACCGGGGGCCCCCGCCUUGUGGUUCGCCCCUGCGGGUGCCUUCUGGACGGUUCUCAGGGCCACUUUUGCGACACCCCCACUGAGGCGUUUUGUUUCAACCAGUGCUCCGGACACGGCGAGUGCAAGUUAGGGUUUUGUAAGUGCCAUGAGGGCUGGUACGGCAUGGACUGCUCCCGACUACGAGCCUCCGCCAAGGAGGUGACGAAAGGCGACCACGAGGGCGGCAGCAAGUCCUACCUGCAAGGAAUUGUGGUGAACCCACCCGCGGCUCAGGAUCCGCCGCCGGUCCCGACUCGUCGCCGGCCACUGAUCUACGUGUACGACACAGAUCCCAUAUUCAAUACCAAGAUGAUUCAGUACCGCCUUGCUCGCACCUCGUGUGUGUACCGGCUGUUCGGGGCCGGCAAUGACACCUUCUACAACAACUUUGUGUACACCCUCGAGAGCUACUGGAUUGAGAUGCUCACCAUUAGCCAACACAGGACGUUCGACCCCGAGGAGGCGGAUUUCUUCUUUGUUCCCGUACAGUUGACGUGUUACUUGUGGCCGGUGCUGGGCUGGGCGGACCACCCGUGGUUCGGGAUGCCGGCGGCCCACUCCCGGGCCCACCAGGGCGCCAGCAUGUAUCUGUCAGCUAAGCGCUGGAUCCAGCAGCACUACCCGCGAGUGGUGCAGGGGGUGCAGGGGGCG